UUGAAUUGACAACAAAUAGCUCCGCGAAAACGAAUCUGGGUUUUGGCGAAAAUGGCAGCCGCAGCAGAGGGAAUCGAUGGAGUCUACUCCGUCCGGCUGGUCAUUGCGGAUUUCUAUAUGGAGAAGCCGCAGUUCGGCAUGGAUCCGUGCUAUUCGGAACUGCGCGGCAAAGAAAUCAAGCGGGUGCCAGUGAUUCGAGUGUUUGGCGGCAACUCCAGGGGUCAGAAGACCUGCAUGCAUGUGCACGGUGUGUUCCCCUAUCUAUACAUUCCGUAUGACAAGAAGGAUUUUGAAUCCCUGGAGCGGGGCAUCCUGCAGAUGGCCAUGCACCUGGACAAGGCCAUCAACAUAUCCCUGGGCCAAGGCAGCUCCAACGCACAGCAUGUGUUCAAAAUUCAGCUGGUCAAGGGCAUACCCUUCUAUGGCUACCAUCGCGUGGAACACCAGUUUCUCAAAAUCUACAUGUUCAAUCCCCGGUUCGUACGCCGCGCCGCCAACCUUCUGCAAAGCGGCGCCAUUCUGAGCAAGAAUUUCAGUCCGCACGAGUCGCAUGUGCCCUACAUCCUGCAGUUCAUGAUCGACUACAACCUGUACGGGAUGAGCUAUGUGCAUGUCCCGCUGGAGGUUCUCAAGUUCCGGCGCAGCCAUGACGAUGACGUAAUCCCCUAUGCGAAUGUCAAGCCAGAGCAGCUUCUGGACAUCACAACCGCGAAGAAAGUGGCCUGUAGUGCCUUAGAGGUGGAUGUCAGCUCGAACUUUAUACUGAAUCGGUUCCAGCUGGUGACAAAGAGCAAGAGCAGCCACACUAACCCGGGCAUCGAAGCAAUCUGGAAUGAUGAGAAACUGCGCCGGCUAAAACUUGUCGAGAAGCACACCGAUGCUGGCGAUGAGGAGAAGGCUGAAGCGGUGCCAGUAUUGGAAUUACCGCCAACACAGGAGCGGCAUCAAAUUGAAGUCGCCGAGAGCGAUAUCUUCUACCGCACCGCUCUGGAGAGCAAGCUGAUGACACUGGAGCAGUCCACACUGUCCGAGCAAACGUUGUCGGAUCAGACAAUCCUUCCCAAUGUAACCAUGCAGACCACCUUGCCCGGCACAAAGGCGCAGAAACGCAUGUUUAACUUGCAAAAACUUCUAGCCAACGCCGUUUAUCCGGAGGAAUGCUCACAGGAUCAGCAGCAGCUGCUGGUUAAUGCUUCCUUCAUACAAAACCAUGUUACCUGCGGCUACAGCAGCAGUGUCAGCCUUUCAACCCCCAAGGAUGAGUCCGAUUGCUUGGACGAAACUCUAGUGGAUGAGGAACUAAUACUGAGCCUCACACAGCCCCAUGGAGCGAUACCCCAUGAUGCCACCUUGAGGGAGGAGGAUUUGGAACUUUUGGACGCGUUGCAGCUGUUGGAGGAGCAGAAUGAAAGUGAAUCCCAUGUGGAUUUAGACAGUUCAUUGGCUCCAUUGUCGCAACAUAAGAAGUUCGAACUAACACCCGAGCUGUUGGACAAGGAGACCGCAGCUGCUGCUGCUCUUUUCGACGAAGAUGGUGACUCCGACGAGGAUGCCGACCAAGAAACCCGACAUGACUUCUCCACAGUUCUCGACGAUGUCGAUGAGUUGUUGCUUAAGCUAACACAAAGUCAGCCUGCUGAAUCGAAGGAGCUGAAAGCAUCUAGUAAACUGCCCCAAAUUGAUGGUGCUGAUGAUCGCCUACAGAGGACCCCCAUUAAAUCGAUCAGCUCUAGGUCAAAGUCAAGUCCUCCAAAGACUCCAGCAACGACAAAAGGUCAGAAAAGCCUGCCCAAAUCGCCACGUACUCCGAAAACCAGUGCAGCCAAGAAAUAUGCGCCGCUGGCUUUGACUAUUGGAAGCAGUUCAGCAAAUAAAAGCAACGAUGAAUUCGCAGGGAGACCAUCUAAUCCACGCCUCAGUUUGCAGCUAGACCAAGGAUCGGGAACACUUCGGCCAGAAACCUCCUUGCGCAAAAAACUAGCCAUGUCCGAGAUGCGACGGAAAAGUCUUGAGGACAGCUUUGUGCUAUUAAAGAACGAUUGUACUCCAGUUAGGAGUACCAGACGAUCAACUCGCAAUCUGGACAAAACACACAUUAUCUGUUCCCUUACGCCGAGGGACAGAAAUCCUGGCAUGAGCGACAUGUUCGAAACAGACGACGGCAAGCAAUUACCACAAGAGAAAAAGGUAAGAAAGACGCGAUGGAGCACUCGUGAUCAAGUCAAUGAAAGUCUACCCAAGGCUGAAUGUGAGAUAGAGCCUCACAGGUCUGAAAGAAGUGGCUUGGAUGAGAUGAAGCCGCGUCGCAGUGCCCGCCUUAAGGUUAAUUCGGUACAUCCCGCCGAGUGUUCCAGCGAAAUAGAAACAACUAAGCCACGAGUGACGUCUGCAAGUCUGAAUAGACCUCAAAAGAAAGCCAGACUAUCCCAAAGUUCCGAACAAAAUACCAAAACAAGCAUGAAUGGAACUCUUGGCUUGGAAAAAGCAAGAAAAGUUCGUUCGCGUAACUCAAAGAGUCCGCAGCAGCAAGAAAACUCUGUUUCUGAACAGAUCGAAGAUCUCAAAAGUAAACCCAAAAAGUCUGAUGAAACUGCAAAAAACAGUGACGAAAAGUUACGAAGUGAGCUAAUCCCACAGGAACCACCUGAUAUUUCGUCCGGAGAUCCAGCAAACUCCAGGGAAAAGAGCACAUUUAGUCCAAGCCAUGAUGAGGCUAUCGAAUCCGACACGGAAAGCGAUAAAAUAGUCACCAAACUUCGUAAAACACCCAACUUGAAACGCCUUCGAUGGAGCAUUCGGUCGGACUUGCUAAACAAACAAUUAACUCCCAGAUCAGGCAUAAGACCCCCUGAGACUCAGACCACUCCUCAGCUGAGUCCCAACAGCAAUGAGAGCAACACACCGGAGCUGAUGCGAAGUUUCUAUGAGCAUUCGCUGAUUGUGAACAGUCCGUCGGUCUUCAGUGACUUCUUAGAUAGCCCCGAGAUACAUAUGGACUCUCCUAGGUCUGCUCCUCCUUCUCCCGAUAGCAACUCGUUCGUGAUUGCUCCCUUGGAGCUGCCUCCAUCCUACGAUGAGGUGGUUAGCGGUAGCCGCAAAAUGGACAUACCCGAGUACGAGUUCCAACAGCCCUACUACAGCAAUCCCUCCGAUGUGACCAAAGUGACGGAGGUGGGCUUCCUGGUGCUCCACAUUCCGGGGAACAAGCUGAAUGACUGUGAUCCCUUCCAGAGCGUACUGGGCAACGAUCGUGGGCUGGCCUCCUGGCGACGUCGGCAACUGAUAGCCAUUGGUGGCCUGGCAAUGUUGCAGCGAUAUCGGGGAGAACAAAAAGUACGGGAGUACUUCAGCACGCAACAAAGAAUAGCAAUCGAGCCAGCACAACUAGCACCCACGUGGCAGGAGGCCAAGAUCUGGUUGAAAGCCAAGGAACUCCUUCGUCAACGGGAGGAACCAAAAAAGUCAUCCGAUGACAUAGACAGCCCCAUCAAGAUCAAGCGGCAGAAGAUCACAAUGAUGCUGCAGGCUGAGGAAGGCGAUGGCGGGAGUGGUGAUGAAGAUGCUGGUGAGGAACUCGACUGCAGUCUAAGCCUAACGCCCUUGUCCCAAGCUAAGGAUAAAUGCAAGGCAACACCUAUCAGUAGCAAAGCCAGAGAAACAGGAAAGAGUCGCCUUAAACGCGGAACUAAGCUCAACUUCAUAGGAAGCCAGGACGAGGAACCACCAAGCUCGCAGUCCAGCGAACAGAGCGUCUCCAGUAGCGCGGCCCAGGCGGAGCUAGAUCGUAGUUCCUUUCUGCGCCAGUUAGAGGGCAGUAGCCAGGAGAGGCAGCACGACCUCAGCUUUGGACUUAGCCACGCCACCUUGGACAACACGUUCGGGUUCAAGGUUAAUUUGGAGAAUCUGCAGCAGGCCAAAGCCGACAUUGAUUGCAACCACCUGACAAUCAUAACUUUAGAGGUGUUUGUGUCCACGCGAGCUGAUCUCCAACCAGAUCCCAUGCACGACGAGAUUCGCUGUUUGUUUUAUGCUAUCGAACACAGUUUGCCGGAUGAGAAGCUGCCUAGCAAAGCCUGCGGCUAUAUAAUGGUGAACACUGUCCAGGAUUUGCUGAGCGAAGGACCUUUUCAUGGUAUAGAUCGCGACAUUGAGAUGCAAGUAGUGGCCAGUGAGGCGGAGGCAUUUGAGGCGUUGCUGGCUUUGUGUGGACGGUGGGAUGCGGACAUAUUUGCAGGGUACGAAAUCGAGAUGUCCUCUUGGGGCUAUGUGAUUGAUCGCGCCAAGCAUCUGUGCUUUAACAUCGCUCCUCUGCUGUCCCGAGUGCCCACACAGAAGGUCCGGGACUUUGUGGAUGAGGAUCGGGAGCAGUUCACCGAUUUGGAUGUGGAAAUGAAGCUCUGCGGCCGCAUUCUGCUGGACGUAUGGCGUCUGAUGCGCUCCGAGAUUGCAUUGACGUCGUACACCUUCGAAAACGUGAUGUACCACAUCUUGCAUAAGAGGUGUCCCUGGCACACUGCCAAAUCCCUCACCGAAUGGUUCGGCUCGCCCUGCACCCGCUGGAUAGUAAUGGAGUAUUACUUGGAGCGAGUGCGUGGCACCUUGGCUCUCCUGGAUCAGCUGGACUUGCUGGGACGGACCAGCGAAAUGGCCAAGCUCAUUGGCAUUCAGUUCUACGAGGUGCUGUCGCGCGGCUCGCAGUUUCGCGUGGAAAGCAUGAUGCUGAGAAUCGCCAAGCCAAAGAACCUGGUGCCACUUUCACCCAGCGUCCAGGCUCGCGCUCAUAUGAGAGCCCCCGAGUACUUGGCGCUAAUAAUGGAGCCGCAGUCACGAUUCUAUGCCGAUCCCCUAAUCGUGCUUGACUUUCAGAGCUUGUACCCCAGCAUGAUCAUCGCCUACAACUACUGCUUCUCCACGUGCUUGGGUAGAGUAGAGCACCUAGGCGGAAGUUCGCCCUUUGAAUUUGGCGCGUCGCAGCUUCGAGUUUCGCGGCAGAUGCUGCAGAAGCUGCUGGAGCACGAUCUAGUUACGGUUUCGCCAUGCGGCGUUGUGUUCGUGAAGCGUGAAGUGCGCGAGGGCAUCCUGCCGCGCAUGCUCACCGAGAUCUUGGACACGCGCCAAAUGGUCAAGCAGUCGAUGAAGCUCCAUAAGGACAGCACUGCACUUCAGCGGAUCCUUCACUCACGACAGCUGGGCCUUAAGCUGAUGGCCAAUGUCACCUAUGGCUACACCGCCGCUAACUUCAGUGGCCGAAUGCCUUCAGUGGAAGUGGGCGAUUCUGUAGUUUCCAAAGGACGGGAGACCCUUGAGCGUGCUAUCAAAUUAGUGGAGAACAACGACGAGUGGAAGGUCCGUGUCGUCUAUGGCGAUACGGACUCUAUGUUCGUUCUUGUUCCGGGUCGAAAUCGAGCUGAAGCUUUUCGAAUCGGCGAGCAGAUCGCCAAGGCCGUCACCGAAAUGAAUCCACAGCCAGUUAAGCUGAAACUGGAGAAGGUCUACCAACCUUGCAUGCUGCAGACCAAGAAGCGAUACGUGGGUUACAUGUACGAGACAGCCGAUCAGGAGCAGCCCGUUUACGAGGCGAAGGGCAUAGAAACUGUGCGGCGAGAUGGUUGCCCGGCGGUGGCCAAGAUGCUGGAAAAGGUGCUGCGCAUAUUGUUUGAGACGCAAGACGUCAGCAAGAUCAAGGCAUACGUGUGCCGGCAGUUCACCAAGCUGCUGUCGGGCAAGGCCAACCUGCAGGACCUGAUUUUCGCCAAGGAGUUCAGGGGUCUCAAUGGCUACAAGCCCACGGCUUGUGUACCAGCACUGGAGCUCACACGUAAAUGGAUGCAAAAAGACCCACGACAUGUGCCGCGUCGUGGUGAACGCGUGCCCUUCAUAAUAGUCAACGGCCCGCCGGGCAUGCAGCUUAUUCGCCUGGUGCGCAGUCCGCACGACAUCCUGGCCAACGAGGGUCACAAGAUAAACGCCAUCUACUACAUCACCAAGGCGAUUAUUCCGCCGCUGAAUCGCUGCCUGCUGCUCAUUGGCGCCAAUGUGCACGACUGGUUUGCCAGUCUGCCAAGGAAGUUGCUCAUGACGCCGGCAGUUGGAACCGCCAACGAAUUGGCGGGUGCACGAGGUGCCAAGUCCACCAUUUCCCAGUAUUUCUCUACCACCAGCUGCGUGAUCGACUGUGGCCGCCAAACCAAGGCGGGCAUUUGUCCAGACUGCCUGAAAAACGCCACCAAGUGCGUAGUUGUGCUCUCAGAUAAGUCGGCGCGUCUGGAGAGGGGUUACCAACUAACCCGGCAGAUCUGCCAGGCUUGUUGCGGACGACUGGGUAGCCUCCAGUGUGAUUCCCUCGACUGCCCAGUGCUGUAUGUCUUGGAGGGAAAGCGAAGGGAACUCCAGCAAAUCGAGCACUGGAACAAACUCCUUGAACUCCACUUCUAGUGCCAAUCAAUACUCGUAUUUGGAUUUGGAUUUCUCAUUCAUAAGAGAUGUAUAUGUAUUUUAACUUUCAGCUCGUUUACAAAA